AGUUCUUGCGCACGCGUGAACAAGAGCCGCGCAGAGCAGCUGUUUCCCGUCUUCCGGUGCACUUUGCUUGACUUCCGGCCGGCCCGCUGGACGAUGCGGCUAGUGGUUAGCGUGUAGCUUAUCGCUCUUUUGAGCUUCUUAGCAUCCUUAUAUGAUCGUGACGUCAAUGGGCAACUGAGCAAGGUGGCUAACAAGAAAGACUAUAAAGAAGAUCUGCAAGUCUUAGGAAGACGAGCCAAAUGCUUUGCGAACUGGACUGAAGUCUGAGGUGCCGUGCGAUUACCUGGUGGGCGGCAAUGGCGUUGAUUGAGGGCGUGGGUGAUGAGGUGACGCUCCUGCUGGCCGCACUGACGACGGUGGCUGUGCUGCUGCUGGCCUGGGCCUCCACCCGCACUUCGGACCCGCCGCAACCGCGACCGCUUGACGCCACCUCACCUCAGACCGCCUCUCUUCCGGACCCACCCGCCACCUCCGCCCAACCCCUCGAUGAGCACAAGGAUGGAGGGGCAGGGGAGGGGCAAGCGGCCGGGGGUGACGGAGACUCACAGAGGAACAUGGUGCUCAGACUCAAGUUCCUCAACGACACAGAGAGGAUGGCACACGUCAAACCUCAGGACACCGUCGGCUACAUCAAGAGGACGUACUUUGCGGGCCAAGAGUGUCGCGUGCGCCUCAUCUACCAGGGUCAGCUGCUGCAGGAUGACGGGGCCACGAUGGAGACGCUUAACCUGGCUCACAACUGCGUGUUGCACUGCCACGUCUCACAGCGUGCCACACCGCCCCCCGGAGGACCAGUGGGGACAGGUUCCGAGCGGGUCCGGGUGGCGCUGAACGCCGGCAGCCUGAUGGUGCCGCUGCUGGUGCUCAUGCUGGCCGUGCUGUGGUAUUGCCAGAUCCAGUACCGCCACCUGUUCACGGCGCCGGCGUCCGCUUCGCUGCUGGGCAUCACCGUCUUCCUCAGCCUGCUGGCCUUUGGCGUUUACCGCCACUAGACACUUGUACUCCUUUGGGACCGCGUCCUCAUCUUCUUUGUGCCUAUUUCGCUUUGGGUUCCGCCACGAGAUGGCCACCGGUCUGGAUGUUGAUGAAAGAAAUUCUAUUAAAUCAUUUAUUUAAACUCUA